AUGGACCAAAAGGGCAAAGUGGGCAGCAAAACUGUCUCACAAGAGGACUUUAGUGGAGGUAAAGGCGAGUGUUUCCCGAUGACCAAACCGAAGGAUUCCAACAUUUUGCAUGGUGAUGGUUCCUUCAUUUCGGAAACUCAAAGCGGCACUGAAUACACUGUGAAGAUAGGUGAACGCUACGAGGUUAAGCGCCCUGGUGAAUCGGAAAUAUGGAAGAAAGCAGGCAAGAUGGAUGAAAAAUCCGUUUCACAUCACGAAUUCGAGGACAAAAAGGGAGAGCGUUACGGGAUACUGAAGCCAAAAGAUUCAAAUGUACUCGGAGGCGAUGGAACUUUUGCUUCUGAAACUGACAAAAGUAGUGAAUUUACAACUAAAAAGGGAGAGCGAUUCGAAACAGUUGUGCCAAAGCCUUCAGAUUUGUGGAAGAAGGAAGGACGGAUUGAAGACAAGACUGUUUCUCAUCAAGAUUUUACGAGUAAGAAAGGCGAACGAUAUCCCGUAUCAAAGCCACAGGAUUCUGACAUGCUUCGCGGUGACGGAUCGUUCAUUUCCGAGACACAUACUAGCGCAGAGUAUACUGCUAAGAGAGGUGAACGAUAUGCAGUGGUACGCCCCGGCGAAUCGGAACUGUGGAAGCAUGAUGAUAAACUGAACGACCAAACUACGUCGCAUCAGGAUUUUGUUGGAGGAAAAGGUGAGCGAUACGAUGUCUCGAAACCAAAAGAUUCCGAACUGUUGCGUGGCGACGGCACAUUCAUUGGUGAAACUGACAAAAGCAUUGAAUUUACGGUUAAGAAAGGAGAACGAUACGAUAUGAAUGAUGGCGAAAUGGAAAGUGAAACUGUGUCACAUCAAGAUUUCGUCGGCAAAGUGGUUGAACAAUUUUCGGUUGCGAAGCCUACAAAUUCUGAUAUAUUUCACGGUGACGGUUCAUUCUCAAGUGAAACACAUACCGGCACAGAGUUUACAGCAAAAGCGGGCGAUCGGUAUCAAGCAAAACGUCUUGAAGAAUCCGAAAUUUGGAAGCAAGAAGGCGAGUUAGACUAUCAAACCGUUUCACACGUGGACUAUCCGGCAUUGAAAGGAGAACGAUAUGAUGUAAUUAGGCCUACUGAUUCCAAUCUGCUUCGUGGAGACGGUACAUUUAUCGGCGAAACUGACAAGAACAUCGAAUACACAGCCAAGAAGGGCGAACGUUUCGAUCCUGUUCGCCCCAGAGUAUCGGAUGUUUGGAAGGCAAAUUUUUUAAAUUCCCAAUAAAC